CAGGGGCGGACUGACCAUUUGGAAACUCGGGCACUGCCCGAGGGCCCGGGGUCAGUAGGGGGCCCCAUGAGAUGCCCCUGGUACCUUUUUCAUAGGCUUUUUUGAGUUUGGGCCAGGACACAGGGGCCCCAUGAUCCCCUAUUGCCUGGGGGCCCCAUGAGUUGUCAGCUCGCCCCUGGUACUAACACUUUCCCCUUCCCUUUCUCCUCUUUUUGCAGUUACUUACAAAUUGCAGACCUUGGUACCGCUGCAGGGGGUAACCUUCUACCAGAUGCCCCUGGUACCUUUUGCAUAGGCUUUUUUGAGUUUGGGCAAGGACACAGGGGCCCCAUGAUCCCCUAUUGCCCAGGGGCCCCA